CUGCAUUACCAUUAUUUCUCUUCCAUUUUGAACGUCUUGCUCUUUGCAUAUUUUCUCUUUUAGCUCAUAUUUUCUUGAAAAAUAACUGAAAAGAGGUUUUUUGUGAGUUCACAUUUUUGGUUCUGUGAUCAAAAUGAUUUGAUGGUUAUUUUUCCAACUUUCUUGUGUGUUCUGUUGUGGGAAAAUCUUGUAAAGUUGCUUUCUUUUGUUUACUGAAUUGUGUUUUCUUGUUCUUAAAAGCGUUUGGCUAUUUCGGGUAGAGAUAAAGAAUCUAUCUUUUUGCUAGUCUGCAUUAGCAUUAAUUCACUUUUUGUUCAUAUUUUCUUGAAAAUCAACAAAAAAAUCAAAUUUGCUGGGCUGAAAAUCUGUCUUCCUAAUAGGUUUCUUGUGAGUUCCUUAUAAUUGAAUUGAUGGGUAUUUUUUCAACUUUGUUGUGUGUUUUGUUAUAUGGGUUGGAAAAUCUUAUAAAGUUGCUUACUUUUUUUACUGAAUUGUGUUUUUCUUCUUCUUACUAUAUCUUGGUGGAGAUAAAAAUUAUUUUAUCUCUUUGCUGCACUGGUCUCUGCAUUAUCAUUAUUUCUGUUUACUUUGAACAUUUUGGUCUUUGCAUUUUUUCUCAUUGUGCUCAUAUUUUCUUGAAAUAACACAAAAAAAAUCAAAUAGGUCGAGCCAAGUGUUUUGUAAUCUCUGGAAGUUGGCCCCUUUUUUGGUUCUGUGAUCAAUACGAUCUGUUUGGUAUUUGACCAACUUUGUUGUGUGUUCUGUCGGUAUGGUUUUUUCAGUUUUGGUUUUGGGAAAAUCUUAUAAAGUUGCCUUUUCCCACAACCAAUGCAUUUACAUGUCGGUAUGUUUUUCUUGUUCUUAUGAGCAUUCACAUGUAUGGCUAUAUCUGGUAAAGGUAAAGAAUUUAUCUUUUGCUUUAGUGGUCUCUGCAUUUGCAUUAUUUCUUCUCUUCCAUUUUGCACAUUUUAGUCAUAUUUUCUUGACAAAUUACAACUACAAAAAGCGAUCAAGUGGUUUCCUAAAAGGUUUCUUGUAAUCUCUUCAAAGUUAUCCCCUUGUUUUGAUUCUGUGAUUAAAAUGAUUUGAUGGGUAUAUUUCCAGCAUUGCCGUGUGUUCUAUUAUAUGGUUUCUUCACCUUUGAUUGUGGGAAAAUCUGAUAAAGUUGCUUGCUAUUUUUACUGAACUUUGUUGGCUAUAUCUGCUGGAGAUAAAGUCUCUAGCUGUGUUGGUUUUGCAUUACCAUUAUUUCUCUUUCAUUUUGAACAUUUUAGCAUCUGCAUCUUUUCUCAACUUUGCUCAUAUUUUCUUGAAAAAAAGAAGUACUACACGAAAGAUCUAAGGUAGAAGCAAGAAUUGGGCUUCUUAAGAGGUUUCUUGUAAGUUUCUUAAGUUGUCCGCCUUUAGGUUUUGUGAUCAAACUGCUGCUACGAUGGAUGACUUCCUGCCAUCAGUACUGGUCUUGUUUGUGGGGAACCUUGUUAAAGGAAAAUAAGUUGGUUUUCUACUUAUUUUCUUAUGUUUGGUUAGGAGUGGAAAAUAUUUUCCGAAAAGUAUUUUAUGGUGCUUGGUUGGUGAGUAGAAAAUAUCUUUUAGAAAAAUAUUUUUAGCGUUUGAUUGGUGAGUGAAAAAAAUACUUUUUAGAAAAUACUACUAACUAAUUGUUAACUAGUAUAUCAGUGCCUCUUGUAAGAACUAAUUUAAGCAUAGCAAAUAAUAUCAAUAUCAAAUAGUAAAAUAUUACAAUCACUAAAUUUAAUCAACUACUAAUUAGCAAAUAUAGGGGACAUUUUUCGACAUUUUGUUAGAACAUUCUCAAGAUACUACAAUCAACAGAAAUACAACGGAACGACAAGCUUAUUGAACCUUGUAAAACAAGAUGCAUCGAUGACAAAAUGAAAUAUGCAAUUUGCAAAAGUAACAUAGGUAAGUCUUCCUCUAUGCAUAUGAAAAUAACAAUACAUUCAAUGAACAUUGGUAAAGAAAAAAAUUUGGGCUUCACUAUUUUUUAUUUCAAGCAGUGAAAAAUUGAAGCAAAGCACAGUGAAAAAUGUUUUUGAGUAAUGUGAAUUUUUUGAGAAAUGUGAAUAUGAGUGUUGUUGGAGUGGAGAAGAGGGUGGGGGUGGGGGCAUAAGUCACAUUUGUCAUUUUUCGGAAAAUGACUUCCCUUGGCCCUUGAGGGAAGUCAUUUUCCGUCAAAUGGAGGAAAAUGAGUUGUUAUGGAAAACAUUUUCCCAACAUUUGACUACAACAAAACAAGGGAAAAUAAGAAAACAUUUUUCAGAAAACAUUUUCCAUCGUACCAAACACACCCAAAGUUGCUUGCUUUUUUCACUGAAUUGUAUGGAUUGCUCUAUUUAGUGAAGAUAAAGAAUCUAUCCUUUGUGUUCUAGUGGUCUCUGCAUUGUCAUUAUUUUCUUGUCCAUUUUGCACAAUCUGGGUUCGAGCUGUGGAAGCAGUCUUGACUGUUUGCAUCACACCCCUUGGGGUGCGGCCCUUCCCUGUACCAUGAUAAGGAGGGAUGCUAUGUGCUCCGGGCUACCGAUCCCCUCAAUCUCAAAUUAAGAGAAUCUUGAAAUCUCUUUAGUUGUUUCCAUUUUGGGUCUGUGAUCAAACUGAUAUGAUGGAUGCUUCAUACUUCGUUGUGUGUGUGUUGGUUACUUGUUUCACGGCUGGUCUUAUUUGUGGAAAUAUCUUCUAAAGAUGCUUGUUGUUUUUGCAUUUUCUUGUAGACUAUCUGUUGAGAAGAUUAAGAGUGUCUUUUUGGCUGUACUGGUCUCUGCAUUUCCAUUAUUUCUCUGCCAUGUUGCAGAAUCUGGCUCCAACUAUAACUACUGUUACUAAUAUUGAAAUAUCUGGAGAAGAUUAUGAAUCUGUUUUUUUGAUCUAAAUCAACGUGAGUUUUAAGUAACCUAAGAUGGAAGAGUGUUAUUCCCUCUGUCCUAAUUUAAGUGUCUUACCUAUUGUUUUGGCUUGUACAAAAAGUGUUCCUCUUUCAAUAUUUAGUAAGUGUUCCGAUCCUAACAUUCAACCUUGGCAGCGGACAUCACUAAUUUAACACCGUAAAUUAUGAGGAGUUUGGGACCAUGGAAACUGGUGUUUACACCUGGAAAUGAGGGAGAGGCAACGGUGGCGAUCUGAAGAGGAUGCUUUAUUGCGGGCAUAUGUUAGACAGUAUGGACCAAAAGAAUGGCACCUUGUAUCGCAGCGUAUGAACACACCCCUCAACAGGGACGCUAAAUCUUGUUUGGAAAGGUGGAAAAACUACCUGAAACCAGGGAUUAAAAAAGGAUCACUCACUGAAGAAGAGCAGCGUCUUGUUAUCCAACUACAGGCCAAACACGGUAACAAAUGGAAGAAAAUAGCAGCUGAAGUACCAGGUCGAACUGCUAAAAGAUUAGGAAAGUGGUGGGAAGUAUUCAAAGAGAAGCAACAGAGAGAGCAAAAAGAAAACAAUAAGGUUGUUGAUCCAGUGGAUGAGGGAAAAUACGACCACAUUCUUGAGACCUUUGCAGAGAAGAUUGUAAAAGAGCGGAGUGUUCCAGGUUUACUUAUGGCUACUUCUAAUGGAGGUUUCCUCCACACUGAUGCACCAACUUCUACGCCACAGACUCUUCUUCCUCCGUGGCUUUCUAAUUCCAGUGCUCCUUCAACUGUCCGAUCGUCAUCUCCAUCUGUGACUUUAAGUCUCUCCCCAUCAACAGUGCCACCUACUCCUACGCCCAGUAUUCCGUGGCUACAGACAGAUAGAGGACCUGAAAAUGCGCCCCUUAUCUUGACCAGUUUUCCACAUCAUGGGGUUGCCCCUCCUUGUGGAGAAAAUCCAUUUAUUACUGAACUUGCAGAAUGCUGUAAGGAACUAGAUGAAGGGCAUCGUAGUUGGACUGCACAUAAGAAGGAAGCAGCUUGGAGGUUAAGGAGGGUGGAAUUACAACUAGAAUCAGAGAAAGCAAACAAAGUUAGGGAAAAGAUGGAGGAAAUCGAAGCAAAAAUGAAAGCUUUGAGGGAAGAGCAGAAGGCAACUUUAGACAGGAUUGAAGCAGAAUACAAGGACCAACUAGCAGGCUUGAGGAGGGAUGCAGAAGCAAAGGAGCAGAAAUUGGCUGAGCAAUGGGCCUCCAAACACCUACGCCUUGCUAAGUUUCUUGAGCAGAUGGGAUGCCAAUCAAGACUUGCAGAACCUAAUGGUGGCCGCUGAAGCAAAGCCAAGAAUUCUCGUGUGUCCUGGCCGUGUAAGACGGUUAUUUCAAAUUGCUAUUGCCGCCUUCUAUUUGGUUUACUGUGUUUUUGUUUCUGCAUGAUAAUUCUAUAAUAACCUGCAACUUGUAUUUUUGGAAUCUGCAAAUGAUGCCACUUUGUGACAACAUAUUGUGCUUAUAUCUUUCAGUAGCAACAUUUAUCGA